CGGGUAGUUUGCUCCUUAACACGAGCAGUUGUGUCGCUCAUAUGAACUUAUUAUAAAACCUAGCUAAUAAUAGUCGAGACAUAUUUCCCAAGUUAACGGAGCUGAUUAAACACAUUGUUGGGAAGAGGUUUUUAAUAGGUCUGUGCUGCCGCUUUGGGUUUUUUUCACCUGAUCUACUACUACGGCAGCUAACCAGCAAGCUUGCACGUUGGGCUGCAAACGUUAGCUAGCUAGUCUAACUAUGCCCAGUUUCUGAAGUCGAAAGGAGGGACCAACGCCUGUUCCUUUGAAAUCGUGAAAUCGUAACGCUUCUCGCAGUUUCUCUAAUUUUGAACGUUUAACGUGUUACCUGGACUAUUUUUGUCAUUUCUUUCUAAAUGGCAAUUUAAUUAUCGUGGGAACAUUUCGAAAAGUAGCUAGUCUAUACUUUUGUGUAUUGCGCUGGCUGCUCCCUCCCAUGUGUGUUGCCAACGCCUUUUUCGUCUUUGCUGUAUUUUACUUGGGCUGGCAGGGAGCUAACAAGUUAGCUAGUUUUGGCUAAUUUUAGUUUUCAUACCGGAGUAUUUUUUUUAAACACAGCUUCUUAGGUGUAGAAGUACUAAUAGUUGGGUAAUUUGGUUAAAAUGGGGUGUACACUGAGCGCCGAAGACAAAGCGGCAGUGGAAAGGAGUAAGAUGAUCGAUCGGAAUUUAAGAGAAGACAGAGACAAAUCUUCCAGGGAAGUCAAACUGCUGCUUCUCGGCGCUGGUGAGUCUGGGAAAAGCACCAUCGUGAAGCAGAUGAAAAUCAUCCACGAAGACGGCUACUCCGAGGAAGAGUGCAAGCAGUACAAAGUGGUGGUGUACAGCAACACCAUCCAGUCCAUCAUCGCCAUCAUCCGCGCCAUGGGCCGGCUAAAGGUGGACUUCGGGGACGCUGCACGGGCGGACGACGCUCGUCAGCUCUUUGUGCUGGCAGGCUCAGCGGAGGAAGGGGUCAUGCCCUCAGAGCUGGCCGGAGUCAUCCACAGGCUGUGGACAGACAGCGGGGUCCAGACCUGUUUCCUCAGAUCCAGGGAGUACCAGCUCAACGACUCGGCCUCCUAUUACCUCAACGGCCUGGACAGGAUAUCCCAGCUGAGCUACAUCCCCUCGCAACAGGACGUCCUUCGCACCCGGGUCAAAACCACUGGCAUCGUGGAGACGCACUUCACCUUCAAAGACCUCUACUUCAAGAUGUUUGACGUUGGUGGCCAGCGUUCGGAGCGGAAGAAGUGGAUCCACUGCUUCGAAGGAGUCACAGCCAUCAUUUUCUGUGUGGCGCUGAGUGACUACGACCUCGUUCUGGCAGAGGACGAAGAAAUGAACCGAAUGCACGAGAGCAUGAAGCUCUUCGACAGCAUCUGCAACAACAAAUGGUUCACAGAGACCUCCAUCAUCCUCUUCCUCAACAAGAAAGACCUGUUUGAGGAGAAGAUCAGCAGGAGUCCGCUCACCAUCUGCUACCCAGAAUACGCCGGCUCAAACACAUAUGAGGAGGCCGCAGCCUACAUCCAGUGCCAGUUUGAGGACCUGAACAGGCGAAAGGACACCAAGGAGAUCUACACCCACUUCACCUGCGCCACAGACACCAAGAACGUGCAGUUCGUCUUUGACGCCGUGACGGACGUCAUCAUCAAGAACAACCUGAAGGAGUGCGGGCUGUACUGAGACAGCAGGCCCUUGCACACAGGUCACUCAUGACAGAGAAGCACACCUGAUUGGAUGAGGAUGGUAGUUUCUGUCCAUGAGGAUGGGCCACAGGAUUGGGAAGGAUGGACCAUUGUGAUGCGUUUGGUUACCAUGGUGCAUGGAGGGUUCUUCUGCGCUUCAGCACCAAAGUGAGGAUUUCGGAUUGUUUCUUUUUCUUAAAAGGUCUGGUCAAAUGUGGGAAGCUUGUCCAUGCAGGACGGAGCAGAUCUCUCAGGAAAAGCUCAAAUUCAAUGGGGUUCUGCUGUGGCGCUCAUGCUUUCCUUUACUGGAUUUUAACCCACAUUUACCCAUCUUUACCCACAUUUAAGCAGUUUGAUUUAUGCUGUCAGCAACUAUGGAGCGAGAGAAAUGCUUGUCUGCCUAUCAGCAUUUACAAAACGUGUGCCUGUCAAUAUUUUCUUCAGAAUCGGAUAGGUUUGUUUCUGUAUUUAUCGUUUUAACUGUGUACUAUGCACAAUGACCAAAAUUUUCCAAUUUUCCUUGUGUAAUGUUUGGUUCCGAACAGAAAGAUUUUAGACUGUUCAAGAAAGAGGGAAGGGGGGGGUCUGUAAAUUCGCCAUGCAAGUAUUCUUUUUCCUUUGUGUUCCUUUCGCAAUGUUUAUUUGACCUGCUGUUAAUAGAAAUAAGCACUUAUUUAGUUUGUCACAGUCUCACAAAUCAUUUUGUUUGCACAAUGAAUUGUGCUUCACCAUUUUACAUCCACCUAAAAAAGUCCCCUUACUGAAUUUCUAUAUGCUUCAGUUGCACUUUGUAAUUGAUAGAUGAUCUGACAUUACACAUUUAUUUUAAUCAUGUUGUGCUUUGCUGAUAGUGUGAUCUUUAAACAAAUUCAGUCUCAUAGAUUGACUUGGACCACAUAUGUCAGACCAAUUAGUGUUUAUACCUGUUUUACAGGGAUGAAACUAAACGGUUUCAUUUUCUCAAUUCUAUAGAUAGAACUCUAGAGGAGCCACUUUGUAUUAACUGAUAUUUUUAUAUAUGUGGAGCUUGUCCACCUCAGUGAAAAUGAAUUAAGUUUGUUAUUGUCACAUUCCACAGGCUAAUUUGAUGCAGAGAGAGUCAGAACGCAUUGAAAAUGAAAUAUCUUCAGGUGUUAAACUACAACAUUUGCUUGGAAAUAAAUUGCAUUAGCUGUGUUGGUUCAGCAUUGUCACACCUUUUUACCUGAAGCAUUUUAUUGGAUUGAAUGUGCUUUUAUUUCAGUGAACAGUAGAAUGGUUCACAUUUUUACUUUUUUUUAAAAACAUUUUAAGGGACUUGUGUUGAUUUGUCAGUACUUAUUUUUUUGAGUCUGUUAUGAGUCUGGUAAAAGAUCAGUUUUGUAUCUUGACGUUUAUGAAAGCCAUUUGUAUUCAUGGACCAAGGAGGCCUUGUGGUAUGUGUCACUCACUAGUAUUUAACAAAGUGUUUCCAAGUACCAAUUGUUAUUUACUGUAAUAACUCCCACCAUUCAAAGUACAUUCCUGUGUAUGAAUCUGAUAUUUAUGGUUCUGUCAGUUUGAUUUUGUACAGAUUGUAUUGUUAUGUUGACACUUAAAUGGUUGCGAUGAGCUUUUGUGCUACCUUUCUUUUUAAAUAAAAUUGGGGGAUGACAGCA